GCAUGGAGUUGGAGAACAGUGAACAACCUGUUGUUAUGAGAGAAGAUAACAAACGGCGUCGGAGGAGGAUGAAGCCUUACUGUACCUCAAGCGGUUUGUCUUCAACAGAGUUAAUAUCCAUUGAGUUCAUUUUACCUACAGGCAACAUGCUGAUAGACAUAGCUGGCAACUGUACAGUAGAGCAGAUGAAAGCACAGAUUUGGAUGCGAGCAAUAGAGAAGAAUCAAAACUCUGACUUCUAUCACAAAUUCACUCCAGAUCAAUUUAUUCUUCAAUACCAAAAGAAGGGACAGUGGUAUGAAAUUUAUGACAAACAUCAGAUAAUACAGACCCUAGACUGUAUAUUGUACUGGAAAGUGCUACAAAAGAAGGUAGGCAAAAUCCAUGUGGUCCAAAAGCAAAAACCCACAGCAGAAGUUCAGGAGUUUCAAAAGCAACUCAAUUAUUUGAUUGGCUACGAUGUCGCUGAUAUAAGUAAUGUACAUGACGAUGAGCUGGAAUUUGCUCGCCGCAGGUUAGUCACUCCACGGACAAUUGAAGUGUCCUGCAGAGAUCCAAAAUUAUAUUCCAUGCACCCAUGGACUACAUCCAAACCUCUUCCAGAAUAUUUGCUUAGUAAAAUUACCAAUAACAACAUUUUUAUAAAUAUACACAGAGGAACAACUAGCCAGAAGGUUAAAGUAUCCAUUGAUGACACUCCAGACUUAAUCCUUCAGAGCUUUUUCACCAAAAUGGCAAAGAAGAAAUCUUUGAUGAAUAUUCCUGAAGAACACAGUGAGCUAGACUUUGUUCUCAGGGUAAGUGGCAGAGAUGAGUAUAUCGUAGGGGAGACACCUAUCAAAAACUUCCACUGGAUAAGGCAAUGUCUUAAGAAUGGGGAGGAGAUUCACCUAGUGCUGGACAGUCCACCUGAUCCAAGUCAGGAUGAAGUUCAGAAAGAAGAGUGGCCCUUAGUUGAUGACUGCACUGGAGUCUCAGGAUAUCAUGAGCAGCUAACAAUAGAUGGCAAGGAUCAUGAGAAAGUGUUCACUAUCUCGCUGUGGGACUGCAACAGGAAAUUUAGGGUCAAGAUAAUUGGCAUUGAUAUCCCUGUGCUGCCAAGGAUCACAGACUUGACUGUAUUUAUUGAGGCUAAUAUUCAACAUGGACAGCAGCUCUUGUCUCAGAGAAGAACAACAGCUAAACCAUUCACCGAAGAAGUCCUGUGGAACAUUUGGCUUGAGUUUGACAUCAAGAUUAAAGACUUGCCCAAAGGGGCAUUGUUGAACCUGCAGGUAUAUUCUGGCAAAGUACCUCCUUCAUCCACUAAGACUAACCUCCAGUCACAUGAUCCCUCCAGUUCCGAUACCAAGAGCAAAACCCAGCUUCUCUAUUAUGUAAAUAUUUUGCUGAUCGAUCACCGCUCCCUGCUACGGACUGGCGACUAUGUGCUUCAUAUGUGGAAAAUCCCGGGCAAAGGGGAAAAUCAAGGAAGCAUCAAUGCAGAUAAACUUACGUCGGCUACUAAUCCAGACAAAGAAAACUCAAUGGCUAUUUCAAUUAUUCUGGACAAAUACUGCCACCCGAUAGCUUUACCUAAACACAGGAUAGCUACUGAUCCCCAAGGGGACAGGGCUAGAGCUGAAAUGCCCAACCAGCUGCGAAAACAGCUUGAAGAGAUUAUAGCUACCGACCCGCUUAAUCCACUUACCCCUGAAGACAAAGAAUUGUUGUGGCAUUUUAGAUAUGAAAGUGUAAAGCAUCCAAACGCAUACCCAAAACUGCUUAGCUCAGUGAAAUGGGGACAACAAGAAAUUGUUGCCGAAACAUACCAAUUGUUAGCUAAAAGAGAUGCUUGGGAUGGUAGCACUAUGGAUGUUGGACUGACGAUGCAACUUCUGGACUGCAACUUCUCAGAUGAAAAUGUAAGAGCCAUGGCAGUGCAAAAACUGGAUAGUUUAGAGGAUGACGAUGUUCUUCAUUAUCUCCUGCAGCUAGUUCAGGCUGUGAAAUUUGAGCCUUAUCAUGACAGCGCAUUAGCCCGAUUUCUUCUUAAACGAGGCUUAAAAAACAAAAGAAUUGGACACUUCUUGUUUUGGUUUUUAAGAAGUGAGAUUGCACAAUCCAUGCACUAUCAGCAAAGAUUUGCUGUGAUCCUAGAAGCUUAUCUUAGAGGCUGUGGAAAAGUAAUGCUACAAGACUUCCUGAAACAGGCUCAAGUAAUUGAGCUCUUGCAUAAAGUAACAAUGGAGAUAAAGCUGGUUUCUGCUGAAAAAUAUGACAUCAGUCCUCAUGCUAUCAUGCAACUCAAACAGAAACUUGAGAAACUCCAGGACAGUAAAUUUCCUGAAUGCUUUAGAGUUCCAUAUGACCCUGGAUUGAAAGCAGGAGCCCUUGUGAUAGAAAAGUGUAAAAUAAUGGCAUCCAAGAAAAAACCACUUUGGCUAGAAUUUAAGUGUGCAGAUCCUACAUCCCUGUCCAAUGAAACGAUUGGCAUUAUCUUCAAACAUGGAGACGACCUGCGACAGGACAUGCUUAUUUUACAGAUUCUACGAAUAAUGGAGUCAGUCUGGGAAGAAGAAUCUUUGGAUUUAUGUUUGCUGCCAUAUGGUUGUAUUUCUACAGGAAAUAAAAUAGGAAUGAUAGAGAUUGUAAAAGAUGCUGCGACAAUUGCUAAAAUCCACAGCACAGGUGGAAACACAGGAGCGUUUAAGGAUGAAAUACUAAACCAGUGGCUCAAGGAGAAGUGUAUCAUUGAAGAAAAGUUUCAGGCAGCAGUGGAAAGAUUUGUGUACUCUUGUGCGGGUUACUGCGUGGCAACCUUUGUACUUGGAAUUGGAGACAGGCACAAUGACAAUAUUAUGAUUACAGAGUCAGGUAAUCUCUUUCAUAUAGAUUUUGGCCAUAUCCUUGGAAAUUACAAAAGCUUUCUUGGAAUUAAUAAGGAAAGAGUUCCGUUCGUGUUGACACCAGAUUUUCUUUUUGUCAUGGGAACCUCCGGGAAGAAAACAAGCCCCCACUUUCAGAAUUUUCAGGAUAUAUGUGCAAAGGCUUAUCUGGCUCUUCGGAAUCACACAAACCUCCUCAUCAUCCUGUUUUCUAUGAUGCUAAUGACUGGCAUGCCUCAGCUAACCAGCAAAGAAGAUAUUGAAUACAUCCGCGAUGCUCUGACGGUGGGAAAAAAUGAUGAAGAUGCUAAAAAAUAUUUCUUGGACCAGAUUGAAGUUUGCAGGGACAAAGGCUGGACAGUACAAGUCAACUGGUUUCUACACCUGAUGCUGGGGAUCAAGCAAGGGGUAGAAAAGCAUUCUGCCUGA